UACCACGUUUCAACUACUGUAAACAUUACAGAGGCGCGCGCGUUAUGCAAAUACUUCACGGCGCGCGCGUCAUGACGUCACGUCGGCGUUGCCGAGACUACAGACGGAAGUUCUGUCUCGUUCACCUGUUGCGCGUGCAACCAGGAAGAAGAGAAACUCGGUCGGAGUUUCAUCGGAGCGCGCGAGCUCACACUCAGCUGUGCGUAGAAAUAAAGACUGGUUUAUUUAGUUAGUGACGAGUGAUGGAUAAACUAAAGAAAGUUCUGAGCGGCCAGGACGGAAAUGACGACCUCAAUGUGUUACAGGCGGCUGGGGACGGGACCACGCUGGGCUGGGGGACGCGUGUCAAGGCUUUUAUCGCCUGCUUUGUUUUGGGAGUCGUCUGUUCCAUCCUGGGGUCGUGUUUGCUCUGGGUUCCUAAAGGACUGAUCUUGUUCGCCGUCUUCUACACCUUUGGCAACAUCGCCUCGCUCCUAAGCACGAUGUUCCUGAUGGGUCCGUUGAAGCAGCUGAAGAGGAUGUGUGACAAGACGAGAGCGCUGGCGACAGCCAUCAUGAUCACGUGCCUUGUGUUGACACUCUGCUCUGCAUUUUGGUGGCAAAACAAAGGCCUCACCGUGCUCUUCUGCAUCCUCCAGUUCCUGGCUUUAACUUGGUACAGCUUGUCAUAUAUUCCAUUUGCAAGGGAUGCGGUGAUUAAGAUGUUCACCAUGUGUUUGAAGUGACGUGUAGUGGCAUGUGGAGCCCGGACCGCUCUCGCCCCGCCGCUGCCUCUCUCUCUCUCUCUCUCUCUCUCUAGCAUUCGGUGCCUGAUCUUGCUUUAGCUCUACCGCGCCCUGAGUGCCCGCUCCUAGUGCCCACUCAAGCACCCACUCUACUGUCUGGCACACACACACAUAGGCACACUCACACUCUGCAGGUGUGCGCUUGCUCUCCUGAUGCCUGGGUGCUCUCCAGGAAUGUGCAUCAAUACACAUAUUCUCUUUUACAUCUCAAAGGUGCAUUGGGAUUCAGAUUUGAAUUAUUUAUUAAUUUUUUUUUAACUCAUUGGGCUCAAAUGACUUGAUCAUUCAGCUGCAUGAAAGUUGAAGGUGAUUAUGUACCAAAGGACGUUAGGGGUGUGUCUAUAAAAUGACAGAGGAGAGUCCAGUUUAAAAUCCAGACAACCAUUUCGGGCAGGAAAGUAGGUUUUCAGACUGUUUCUUUUCUCAAACUGUCUGUGAAAGUAGCUAAAAUAUUUUUUUAAGUCGUGACGUGUUCAGUCAGAAAUUGCACUAGCAUGCACCAAGUCGCAUUUGCAUUUCUUAGCCUAGAUCAUUUUAUAUAAUAGAGAAUUUUUAUAAAUAGCAUAAGGGUUGCUGUAAAGCUAUCAUUUUCGUAACUGGACACAUUGUACGUUAUCCUUCUCUUUGCUUUUUUUGUUUUAGUUAAACCAUUUUAAAGCUUUAACUACUCUUAAUUUAAUGAAUUGCAAUAUAAAUCAGGAUACUUGAGAUUUUUGUUACAGAUCUUUUCUCAUGCUGUUAUUUUAAUUUGUUUACAUAACUGAAUUCUGUUCUUACCAUUUCUUGGUGUUAUACAUUUCCCUUUUUUUUGGCACUUUGCUCUUUUCUGAUGGUCUUUCCAGGCCACAAUAAUGUGUUUGAGUUUGUGUAAUUCGUCUUUAGACGCUUUAGUGUGUGUGGCUGUUAUAAAGCAAGUCAUAUUUUUUUUUGUUAAGCAAAAGCAUAUCGCUGCAUUUUAAAAUGUUAUGCACAAAAAUGCCUCAAUUUUAUCAUUAAAGGUCUAUUGUAAUUUUUAAAAGCUAUUUAAGACUGUAAUGUCCUGAGCAGUUUGACCGUUUUCGAACUGAACAGCUCCACUUCAAUCCGAUCGAUUUCGCUGGAUUUUAUUAUAAUCUGCUUUUAUGUUUGAAAAGAUUGCUUCUGUAAUUCUCCCCAAAUCUUUCAUGUUACAUUGGCAUGUCUGGGUUUUAUUUUGUUUCAUUUUAUUAUUUUUUUGGUUUGUUUGUUUUUUUAACCCAGGGCUUUCAAGCUUAAGUUUGCAUCGUGUUAUUUAAUUAAUAAAAAAUAAUGUACUGUAUAUUGAAGCUGAUCAUCAGUGCUGUAGGAUGCAAAAAUGUUUGCUCUGUGUGUGUGUGUAUGUAAUGUGUCUGAUGUGUUAGUUACAGCCUUCAUGAACAAAAUAUAGACUUUAAUUAAAAUCUAA